AACUGUUUCAUUCAUAUUGUCAUAUUUGCAUGGCCGAUAAGUAACUUUAUAAUCAACAGUAUGGUUAUGAAAUUAUGUCAGUUAAACUAUUAAUGUGUAUGGAUUCGAUACGAAUGCAUUUGAAUGGAUGGAUGUGUAUUAUUUUAGAUGAUUAUGUAAUGCAGAAUUUCGUCCACUGGCGCCGAAUAUAGGUUUCGAAUGUACUGUCAUACGUGAUAAUCAUGUGUCCGGGCAUUACGUCGAACUGUAAACUGAGAGCUUCAUGCCAACGCUGGGUUUCAAAACCACGAAGUGGGUCGUUUCCAAUUCUUCCUGCGCUCAAUUUCGUUUCAGCACCAUGGCCAGUUCUACCAAGAGCAAAUGGGGAGGAUCUUAAAGGUUCAAGGAACCAUCGAUUAUUCCCGACUGUUUAAACUAUUUUUUGUUCGUGUGUGCGUGCCUGCGUGCUCAACAUCAGGUUAAAAUGAUGUACUCGCAAAAAAAAUUGUCUUUAUAGCGAACCCGCCUUCCGUAUCGGCGUGGAUUAAUUUUUCUCUUUGAACACUUCUGACACAAAUUGAAAAUAAUAUAUCUGUUAUAAUAUAUGUCCGUUGUAGUCCCGCAGUAACUGUAAGGGAAAACGAUGCGAAACGCUUCUUGUAGUUCACAACAUUGAUUCUGCGCUGAAAGAGUGUGGCGCUCAAAUGGGGAGACUACAGCCAUACUUGGAGUAGUUUAUGAACGUUAUUGUGGCAACGUCAGGCGUCUGGAAAUCAAGAUGCUACAACGAUACAAACCGAGCCCCAGCUCCAGGAUGUCCUUGGCGUUCUGCGGCAACGAGAACGGCUCGGCGGCGUACAACGUGGACGGCGGCGUGCUGAACAACGGCUGCUUCCUGGACGCGCUCACCGUCGUGCCCCAUGUGUUCCUGCUCUUCAUCACCUUCCCCAUCCUCUUCAUCGGGUGGGGCAGCCAGAGCUCCAAGGUGCACAUCCACCACAGCACCUGGCUGCACUUUCCGGGACACAACCUGCGCUGGAUCCUCACCUUCGUCCUGCUCUUCGUCCUGGUGUGCGAGAUUGCCGAGGGCAUCGUCUCCGACGGGUUCACUCAGUCUCACCACCUGCACCUCUACAUGCCUGCAGGACUGGCCUUCAUGGCCGCCAUUACAUCCAUCAUCUACUAUCACAACAUCGAGACGUCCAACUUCCCCAAACUCCUGCUGGCGUUGCUCAUCUACUGGGUCUUGGCCUUCGUCACUAAGACCAUCAAGUUUGCGAAGUACAACGCGCACGGCGUGGGUCUGGGCCAGCUCCGCUUCUGCCUCACGGGCCUGCUGGUGCUGCUGUACGGCCUGCUGCUCGCUGUGGAGAUCAACGUCAUCACGGGCCGGCGCUAUGUGUGCUUCAGGCACCCCACGGAGGUGAAGCCCCCGGAGGACCUGCAGGACCUGGGCGUGCGCUUCCUGCAGCCCUUUGUCAACCUGCUCUCCAAGGCCACCUACUGGUGGAUGAACACCUUCAUCACCUCCGCGCACCGCCGCCCCAUCGACAUCAAGGUCAUCGGCCGGCUGCCCAUCGCCAUGCGGGCGCUCACCAACUACCUGCGUCUGCGCAGGGCCUUCGAGAGGCAGCGGGGUAAGAGCUCGGUGCAGCCGCAGGGCUCUAAGUGGAUCUGGCGGGCCCUACGCGAGGCCUUCGGCAGGCCCCUCAUCCUCAGCAUCACCUUCCGCUUCCUGGCCGACCUGCUGGGCUUCGUCGGACCCCUCUGCAUCUCCGGCAUCGUCCACCACAUCAGCCGCGAGAACCGCACCAUCCGCCCCCCGGUGAAGCUCCUGGGGAUAUACUUCAUCUCCUCUCAGGAGUUCCUGGCCAACGCCUACGUCCUGGCCGUCCUGCUCUUCUUCGCCCUGCUGCUGCAGCGCACCUUCCUCCAGGCCUCGUACUACGUGGCCAUCGAGACGGGGAUCAACCUGCGGGGAGCCAUACAGACCAAAAUCUACAACAAGAUCAUGCGGCUCUGCACCUCCAACCUGUCCAUGGGAGAGAUGACUGUGGGGCAGAUCUGCAACCUGGUCGCCAUAGACACCAACCAGCUGAUGUGGUUCUUCUUCCUGUGCCCGAACCUGUGGGCCAUGCCGUUUCAGAUAGUUAUCGGAGUGUUCCUGCUGUACUACCUCCUGGGGAUCAGUGCCUUAAUCGGAGCCGCGGUCAUCGCCGUCCUCGCCCCCGUGCAGUACUUCGUGGCCACCAAACUCUCCCAAGCACAGAAAAGCACUUUAGAGUACUCCAGUGAGCGGCUGAAGAAAACCAAUGAGCUUCUGAGGGGCAUUAAGCUGCUGAAGCUGUACGCCUGGGAGCACAUCUUCCGCGACAGCGUGGAGGAGACGCGCCACAAGGAGCUGACCAGCCUGCGCGCUUUCGCCCUCUACACCUCCGUCUCCAUCUUCAUGAACGCGGCCAUCCCGAUCGCCGCUGUCCUCACCACGUUCGUGGUGCACGUGAACCUGUCGGACGACGCCGACCUGUCCCCCGCCGUCGCCUUCGCUUCGCUGUCCCUCUUCCACAUCCUGGUCACCCCCCUCUUCCUGCUGUCCAGCGUGGUACGCUCCACCGUCAAAGCCUUGGUCAGUGUGCAGAAGCUGAGUGAGUUCUUCUCCAGUGAAGAGAUUGGGGAAGAGCAGGACCCCAGACCCACUGCACAAACAAGCUCCACCAACCACAGCAAAUACCAGGCAGUGCCGCUGAAGGUGGUGAACCGCAAGCACCCGGCCAGGGAGGAGUGGAACAGCUACGGGCCUCCGUGCGACCAGGAAGGUGCUGCCCCCCGGGCCCUGGAGGACCACAUCUGCAUCGAGAUAGUCAGCGGAUAUUUCACUUGGACAGAUGGACCCCCCACCUUGUCGAAUGUCGACAUUAAAAUUCCUUUCGGUCAGCUGACUAUGAUCGUGGGCCAGGUGGGUUGUGGGAAGUCUUCGCUGUUGCUGGCGGCGCUGGGAGAGAUGCAGAAGAUCUCUGGCAGUGUCACCUGGAACAGUAAACCGAACCAGGAUUCAGAAGGAGAGGAAAGCCCCACGGAUAAGGACACGGCAGGGGACGGAGACGUCAGGAAAAGGGGGUCUGUGGCCUACGCUUCCCAGAAGCCCUGGCUCCUGAACGCCACCGUGGUGGAGAACAUUAUCUUCGAGAUGCCUUUAAACAAGCAGAGGUACAAGACCGUGAUUGAUGCCUGUUCCCUGCAGCCCGACAUUGACAUCUUACCACAGGGAGACCAAACCGAGAUAGGAGAACGGGGCAUAAUCCUGUCUGGAGGCCAGAGGCAGCGGAUCAGUGUGGCCAGAGCUCUGUACCAGCACACUAACGUGGUGUUCCUGGACGACCCCUUCUCCGCGCUGGACAUCCACCUGAGUGACCACCUGAUGCAGGAGGGGAUCCUGAAGAUGCUGAGGGAGGAGAAGAGGACGGUGGUGCUGGUCACCCACAAACUACAGUACCUCCUGCACGCCGACUGGAUCAUCGCCAUGAAGGACGGGACGAUCCAGACGGAGGGCACGCUGAAGGACAUCCAGAACACGCAGCCCGAGCUGUUUGAGCAGUGGAAGACCCUCAUGCACCGGCAGGACCAGGAGUUUGAGAAGGAGACCGUGGAGGAGAACCUGACCGCGCUGGAGAGGAAGAACCUCCGGCGGGCCAUGUACUCCCGGGAGGCUGGGAAGACUGAGGAAGAGGAUGAAGGUGGCACCCCUGUGUGGACGUGUGGGAUGCCUCCAGCACCUGAUGUUGCUUUUAGUGCUGAUACAGAGGAGGUGUCGGAGAGCGACGAGGAGGACAACCUGUCCCAGGUGCUGCGGCAGCGCGCCACCAUCCCCUGGCGCUCCUGCGGGAGGUACCUGAGCCUGGCGGGGCUGCUCCUCCUGCCCCUCCUCAUCCUCUCCCAGCUCCUCAAGCACACGCUCAUGGUGGCCAUCGACUACUGGCUGGCCCACUGGACCUCCCGCGUCAUCGCCACCAAGAUGGACGCCGCCGGACGCAACUGCACGCUGGGCCAGAGCUGCGGGUUCAGCCACUCCUCCUACCUGCUGGUGUUCAGUGUGCUGUGCUGCCUGGGCAUCGUGCUGUGUCUGGUCACCUGUGUGGCCGUGGAGUGCACAGGCCUGCGGGUCGCCAAGGAGCUGCACCACGCCCUGCUCAACAGGAUCAUACUGGCGCCCAUGAGGCUGUUCGAGACGACCCCGCUGGGAAACAUCCUGAACAGGUUCUCAUCGGACACCAACACGGUGGACCAGCACAUCCCGGCCACCCUGGAGUGCCUGAGCCGCUCCACCCUGCUCUGCGUCUCCGCCCUGGGGGUGAUCUCCUACGUCACCCCCGUCUUCCUCAUCACCCUGCUGCCCCUCACCAUCGUCUGCUACUUCAUCCAGAAGUACUUCAGAGUGGCCUCCAGGGACCUGCAGCAGCUGGACGACAGCACCCAGCUCCCCCUGCUCUCUCACUUCUCUGAGACUGUGGAGGGCCUGACCACCAUCCGCGCCUUCAGGUACGAGGCCAGGUUUCGGCAGAAGCUCCUGGAGUACACCGACGCCAACAACAUCUCCUCUCUGUUCCUGACCGCCGCCAACCGAUGGCUGGAGGUUCGCAUGGAGUACAUCGGCGCCUGUGUGGUCCUGGUUGCGGCAGUGGCCUCCAUCACCAACUCCCUGUACAGCCACCUUUCCACUGGCCUGGUGGGGCUGGGCUUAACAUACGCCCUCAUGGUGUCUAACUACCUGAACUGGAUGGUGCGUAACCUGGCGGACAUGGAGGUGCAGCUGGGCUCAGUGAAGAGGAUCAGCAGCCUGCUGCAGACGGAGCCGGAGAACUACGAGGGUCUACUGACUGCGACCCAGGUCCCCGACAGCUGGCCGCACCAGGGGGAGAUUCAGAUCCAGAACCUGAGCGUGCGCUACGACAGCACCCUCAAGCCCGUGCUCAAGCACGUCCACGCCCACAUCAGCCCGGGCCAGAAGGUGGGAAUAUGUGGUCGAACAGGAAGUGGGAAGUCCUCCUUCUCCCUGGCCUUCUUCCGCAUGGUGGACACGUUUGAGGGGCGGAUCGUCAUCGACGGCAUCGACAUCGCCAAGCUGCCCCUGCAGACCCUGCGGUCCCGAUUCUCCAUCAUCCUGCAGGACCCCAUCCUCUUCAGCGGGACAAUCAGGUUUAAUCUGGACCCGGAGAGGAAGGCCACAGACAGCAUGCUCUGGGAGGCCCUGGAGAUCGCUCAGCUCAAGACCCUGGUCAAGGCCCUGCCCGGGGGCCUCGACGCCAUGGUGACGGAGGGCGGGGAGAACUUCAGCCAGGGGCAGCGUCAGCUGUUCUGCCUGGCCAGAGCGUUCGUGCGGAAGAGCAGCAUCCUCAUCAUGGACGAGGCCACCGCAUCCAUCGACAUGGCAACGGAAAGUAUUCUUCAGAAAGUCGUGAUGACUGCCUUCGCUGAUCGAACUGUGGUUACCAUAGCACACCGAGUCCACACGAUUCUGAACGCCGACAUCGUCAUAGUGAUGAAGCGCGGGAUCAUCCUCGAGUACGACAAGCCGGACGUCCUCCUGAACCAGGAAGAGAGCGUCUUCGCCUCCUUCGUUCGGGCGGACAAAUGAGCUGAGCGGCGGACCUUCAAAGUGCAAUUGUACAAGGGACUUUUAUUUUUUACCCAUGUAUCAUAUUUGUACAUAAAAAUGCUAAUUCUUUAUUAUUAAAAAAUGCACAGUCAUCAAAACAA